AGUUCAAUUGUUCGGCAAAGUUGACUUGUAUUCAUCAAUACCCAUGCGAAGAACUUAGAGAGAUUAUAAACAGACAACUAAGCCCGUACGAACCCUUGGUGAACCAUGCGGAGAAUACGAGACCUGUUACUGGUGUGCUUUCUGAUUCUAAAAGCCUCUCAAAGUGAACAGAAUUCGUCUCUGGCUUCUCGCAAUGACGAUACGCCGCCUACAUUAAAGCAAGAGUUACUGAAUCUUAUGGGUCUUCCCCGAAAGCCCAAGCUAAGUUUGGUAACUCGAAUGUAUGGAAAACGCUUUUCUGGGCCUCGAUAUAUGAUCGCUUUGUACAACAGCCUUUCACAGAACCAAACCACCGACACAACAGGCUUCUGUUGUAAUGGAACGCUAGCCGAUUCUCGAGCUGUCGGAGCUGAUACGAUAAUGAGUUAUCUAAACCACGAGGGAGGUAGACGCCCAAAGAUCUCCCACAUGCAUGCGACUUACAAAUUCAAGCUUCUCACACCAGAAGGUGAGAGGGUUACCGCCACAGAAUUUCGCCUGUACAAGGAAGACACUCGCGGUGAUCCGUCCAAUUGGCGUAACGCAACCUACGUAGUUCGUCUCUACCAAGUCAUUUAUCCCGCCCAAGUCUUAGACUUGAUCGAUCAGCGGGUUUUGCGGAGCUGGGAGAAGGGUUGGCAAGAGUUUGACAUAAGCGCUGCUGGUAGAGUAUGGUCGGAGUCACCGGAAAAGAACUACGGACUCGAGUUAUCAGUGGUGAAUUUCAACAACCAGGAGCUGUCACCGCACUUGGCUGGUUUUGUUGGCUUUCACGGCCUGAAAGAAAAACGGCCUUUCAUUGUGUCGUUCUUCAAGCAAGACGGAGAAAAGAAGUAUACUCAUGAAAUACACGCGCACGACAUAAGACAGCAUCGCGCCACGCGGGUCUCCAGGUCGCUACCGAACGCACAGGUGGGCGGGGUCGACCCACGAGCCAGCAAUAAAAAGGUGUGUCAGCGGCAAGCUUUGCACGUGAGUUUCCGAAAGUUGCGAUGGCAGGAUUGGGUAAUAGCUCCAGAGGGCUACUCGGCGUUCUAUUGUUCGGGGGAAUGUUCAUUUCCGUUAAAUGCGAACAUGAACGCGACAAAUCACGCUAUUGUACAAACUCUAGUCCAUCUGAUGAACCCCAAGACAGUGCCGAAACCCUGCUGCGCUCCGACAGAGCUUUCGCCUAUUUCUGUGCUGUAUUUUGAUCAAGAUAACAACGUGGUGCUGAAGAAAUACAAUAAGAUGGUAGUCAAAGCUUGUGGAUGUCACUAGGAGCGGACCUUUAUCAGCAUUCUAUAUAUUAUUCUAGUGCAGGAAGACUGGAGGUCUUCUUGUGCAAGGGAGAGACUGCAGAAAAAAGGCGGGAAAAUUGGAUGCGCACGCGUCAAGAUGGUCGUCAAAGCGUGUUACUAAGAACAGACCUUUUAGGACGGCGCUGAAAAACGUAUACGCAUGCGCAUGUUCUACAAAAGCCAACACAAUCGGGCUGGAUCCUUCGAGUAAAAACUGCAAAAAGUCUAGGCAUCUUUCAAGCCAGUGUGUUAAAAAAAAUGACAGGCUUCUUUACUUAUAAUGCCAGGUGAACACUAGUCACUUAACGACAUAAGCGUGAAGUAAGUUCGUAUGUUAAGCUCGACUUAACCAUAAUGACAUAAGAAUUUUUCUCUUUUGUCGUCACGUCUAUGUCGCUGUCGGGCAUAUCUCUUAAUGUCGAACCAUUCACACUUAAACAUACGAACAUAAGAGUGCGCUCGCCUAUGUCGUUAUGACACUAGUGUGCAGCGGAAUAAGAGAUUUAACUAUGGUCUAUAGUCCGCUCCAGUUUUCUUAUUGUCCAAAAGUAUGAUAAAAUGUUUUGAAACUAAAAAGUUUGAUUUUAUCGCGCUUUACUGGAAGAAGUCUCUUGAGUUUUCCAGAACUGUCACCUUGUAGAAGCCUCUUCAACAUUGUAUUCUGACACAUGAAGAUUCGGUUCCAUCAAAGCGAGGCUUCAUACCGUAGUUUUCAGCCUCGUUAACAUAACAUGUUGCUAUGCCAUUCGAAAUAUUAAUAUUGUAAUGGCACUUCUCUUAUAAUGUCCUACACGAAGUCAAGAUAGGAACUUUGACCAAAAUGAUAUUAGUAUUAUUUUAGUCGAAAAUGCUCGACAGUUGUCUAUUGUGAGAAACACUUGUUUAUCUCAACGUUUGUUUUAUGAAUCAUUGGCGUGAAGGGGGGGGCUUGGGGACGUGUUGGUGCUUGUUGCGGCAAAACGAACAUGGUAGCCUCGUUUUGACGCAAUCAAAUAUUUUGCGCGUGAGCAAUUCGAACAAUUUUGUGUAUGUUAUUUUCAACAGUUAUAAAAUACGAGUUUGAGCGGAGAAAGCCCUUUUUUCGACGGCGGAGACCAGCAAGGAGUGAAGACCUUUUAGGAACAUUAAAAUAAACUUUCAAUGAAAAUAAAAUGUUGUGGAGGGAAGUAAUGCCAUUUUUUAAGAUACUUAUGGUCUCGGUAGAGGUAGACGACAAGUCCGCGGAAAAAAAAUAUUGUCGCGCCGCAAUUUUCUCUGUACUCAAUGUACAAACUAUACAUCAAAUAAAAAAUAAAAUAUUGAAUUA